AAGAUUUGUUUGGCCCAAGACGUGGCAAAGCCGCUGCCAUAGACGACGAGGAUGUCGAAGACAAAUCCUACCCCAUCGACCAGCGUGACGACACUCUCCCCCAGCUUCUCUUUUAUCUCUCGGAGCGUCAGCAAGAAGUCCUGGAGCUCGGUUAAGAGCGCCAGGGAAGCGAGAGAAGGCAGGCCCCAAGACCCGGCGCAGAUGCACGAAAAGCGCCUGUGCGAGUUCGGCCUCGUCCUGGCGAAGGAGCCAAAGGCGUUCCAGCGCAUGGUCGCUGCCGAGCGCGCCCGGCAGAUGCAGCAGCAAGAGGAAGAAGUGGACGACGUCGAUGAGGACUUUGCUCAGGCAAUGAACUCCAUUCACAGGACUGCGCGGGGUGCUUCUUAGGCCGGCCGGCGCCAGCGGCAAACCACGAAUGCAAGCGGCAGAUGGUUUGCCUGUGAGGAGUGCGGGAGCAGAGCUGUGCAAGAGGUGGGCAUGCCAGCAUGGCGGCACCUUAGUGUUCCACGUCGAUCAUAUCAUGCCGUUUCAAAGUGGUUGGCAUUGACCCAUUGGCCAUGUAGCAUGCCGACCUGCGGCGCGCGCAAGCACAGUCCACGAAUGGUUCAUUCGAUUUGAAUCAUUGGUUGUGGGUCCAGCUACGUUUUGGCGAGGUAAGUCGCAAAGGGUGGUGAUUCGUCAACAGAACUGCUAACUUAUCAUCCAAAGCCACGGCCAGCCAAUAUUGGCAACCGUGAGGUGCUUAUUGUGUCAAGAUCACGCUUGCUGUGGGCCUGCCGUCAACGAGUUUCAUUCUCGUGGCAAAACCAAAGGGGCGCGGCAACAAUUCCAGUUUUCUGGCAGUGGCUCGACCCCACUCAGGACGCUUUGCAUAGCCUUCUCGGAACGGCUGGGCCUUUCUUAGAAGGG